AUGGUUCCCGAAGCCUGCGGCUUGGCGUCCACCAUAGUGACGUCAUCGAGGCGCGCCAGAUGCAAAGGAGGAAGGAGACGUGUGGGCCUGAGGAGCCGAGCCGGGAAUCUCUCCCCUCACGGGGAGGGUGCGGCGGUGAGUUUGGACGGGGGAGGAGGCCCCGAGGGCAGAAAUGCUGCGCGGCCCGCCCCCUUCCAUGUGCUGCUGAGCGGAGCUCCUGAGCCCCUGCUCCCGCCGAGGGCUUCCACGGGCCCAGGGGAAGAGGUCCAUGAAGCCCUGGGGAAGAAGGGAGAAGGAGAGCUUCCCUUUUCGCUGAGCCACAGCUCCCUUCCCAGCCGCUCCUGCUGA